UUUGGUGAGCGAGCACAAUAAUUAAAUUCAUGCACAUACAUUGUGGUCAUGGAAAUACAAUGGAAGAGUGUAAGACUAUGUCAAAACUGUGAGGGAAGCUGAGAGACUUGUGCGAUGCCAAAACUUACACGAUUAUAAGUAUAUACAAUGGCUGAUAGUGGGAGAGAAGAGUGAAAAAAGGGAGUACUGAUAGCGGACGGACUUUGAGAAACGAUCAGACAAUACCCUCAUGUGAUCGGCCACACAAAGGUUAGGUUAUUAUAUAGAAACAUCAUAAUGAUUUGAAAUAGUUGACAGUUGCGGUUUGAAUGUAGGAUGAACGUUAAUGUGAUCUUUUAGACAAUAGAUGACCACAAAGACAGCAUAAUGAGGAUUUUUUACAGUUGUAUUCUUUCACUCGGCGUAUGGCUGUCUUCUGUUUCAUGGUCGCUGUCCACACCGCUGGACGAUUAUGUCAACAAGCCCGAUCCACACUACAGCUAUAAGCUGAUAGACACAUUCCGAGGGCCUGACUAUACCCUCUAUACAUUAAAUAUGACUUCACAGAAAUGGAAAUCAGAUGAUGUGGUAACGCACCCGAUAUGGUGGCACUACUUGAGUGUGACAAUACCAGACGAAGUCGAACUCAAGAAUACAGCUUUUCUUUUCAUUGACGGAGGAUCAAAUCAUGACAAACCACCGAAGCCCACGGAUAACUUUGUGUCGUUGAUCACGAUGUUUGCUGUGGGGACGAAAUCAAUAGGUGCCAACCUCAAAAUGAUUCCAAAUCAGCCAGUGGUAUUUAAGAAAGACCCAACCCAAAAGUCCCGCUCCGAAGAUUCCAUCAUUGCCUGGACGUGGAAAACGUUUAUUGAAAACACUACAGACCCUGAGAUCCUUCUGAGAAUGCCAAUGACCAAAGCAGCCGUAAGAGCGUUGGACACAAUAACCGAUUUCGCGGGGAAAACUGCAAACAUCACACCGAGCAAGUUCAUGGUGGCCGGAGCAUCCAAGAGAGGAUGGACAACUUGGACUACUGGUGCAGUGGACAAAAGGGUGUUCGCCAUAGCACCAAUAGUAUUAGACGUUCUGAACUUCGUAAAGAAUCUUCAUCACUUUUAUCGAGCGUUGGGAGGGUGGACAUUUGCUUUUAACAGUUAUUAUGAGCUAAACUUCACCGAUCAGCUGGACAAUCCAAAUACACAACUAAUGGCAGAUAUUAUUGAUCCUAUCUCCUAUAACGACCGAUUGACAAUGCCCAAGCUGGUUAUCAGCACCGGGGGGGAUGAGUUUUUCCUGCCUGACGAUUCUCAUUAUUACUUCAAUCAGCUCAGUGAACCGAAAUACAUGAGAAUUCUUCCCAAUGCAGAACAUUCCUGUGCCGGACACGAGAUCAGUCUCUUUUUUACUCUGAGGGCUUUUUACUUAUCCAUUGUGAAGGGGUGGACAUUCCCAAGGUUUCUUGGAAACGAGAAACGCUUUCAAGUGGUGGUCGUAUAACUGUGAUGACAGAUACUACACCCAUGACAAUCCAUGCAUACAAAGCCAAAACACUUGACGGUCUAAGGAGGGAUUUCCGCCUUUAGUGGGAACACCUGGCAACCCUACGAAACCCUUUCCACACCCCGUUCCAUGGCUGACAUUUGACGUACAGGAAGUG